AAGGUGUUGAACAAUUACCUCACAAUUCAUUCAAACUCGUCAUUCGACAACAACCUGUACAUUCACGCAUGUGUGGCAUUGGCGAAAGAGUCGACAGAAGACCCAUCGAUCCACCUCCAGUUGUCCAAAUAAAAAUGAAUGCCAGUAACGACGAUAGAUUAUCGACCCUGUCGUCUUAUUUAUUCCUGAUUGCAGUAUUGGUGCCUGCAGAUGGCAAAGAAGACGAAGAGCAGUUAAACAUACUCUUACAUAGUAAAUUAACAGUGGGCCGUACAGUCUCAUCCUUGUAUAUCCUUCGAGACCUGGAUGGUUCUGAUGGCGCCUUCUUUGUUUUCUCUGACAUAUCCGUCAGAGCAGAAGGAAACUAUCGUCUAAGAAUGUGUUUAUUCAACAUCAAAGAGACAACUGUCAAUUAUAACCUGUCCGUCUUGACAGACCCAUUUACUGUCUAUUCUGCGAAAACUUUUCCUGGCAUGUAUCGUUCAUGUCCGUUAGUACAAAAUUUUGCUAAACAAGGUCUGAAAAUUAGAAUUCGAAAGGAAUCAGGCCCAAGGCCAUCGAGAUAUACCCAAACAAAGAGGAAAAGCCUAAUAAAGCCGUCCACUACAUCGGAGGAAGACGAAGAAUUCGAUGACACACAACACCCAUCUGCAUUUAAAAGAGUCAUGACCGCUCCAGGUAACACUUAUUUGUUUGUUUUUAUUAUUAUUUUAUUCCUUCUAAAAUAUCCUGGAUAUAGAAGAGACUUCACCCACAAUAUCCAAUAAACGUCGAUUGAGCUUGUCCUAUUUAUUAGACCUACCAGAAGAAAAUAUUAAAUCAGUCGAUACCUGUCAAUUAGCCCCCAUCAAUGCAUCUAUGUCUCCUUCAUCGUCACCUCUACACCAGUCAUCCACAACAACAGAUUUACCGCCAAUACAACAACAUUUCAUGUAUAUGCCCCAACCCUCGCCCAGUACUACUAAAAUAAAAUAUUUAUAACAAAACCCAGACUUCUGGUUUUGGGUAUGCUAAUUUGCCAAUACAUCCCAAAAAAGAUAAAUACAUCCCUGCUAAAAAAAAUAAUCGCAUCUCAUCGUUAUCUUGUAAAAAACUUCGAUUCCGAUCCAAAAUUAAGUGCUCCUAAAUGUAAUAUUAAAAAAAAAAGAUGCAUGUUUUCAAAGAGACCUAUCUAUCAAUAAAAAUGGUUGAUUUACUAAAUCUGAG